GCCCUCUACCCCCCUUGGUGUUGAGACGAGGAGCCAAUCAGAGGGCGCCGGGCUUGCCCUUCCUCUCUCUUCUUCCGUUAGAGGCGGCUGCAGCUCCAAAGAUGUAAACAAGGCCUCGCGCUGCGACCGUUGGCGGGGAGCUUCUUGUUCCUGACUGGCUGUGCGGGGAAUGGGAGAGGAGCCAACACAGCAAACCCCUGGGCCUAGUUCUAGACAAUGCUAUAGGCAUGGGCUCUCGUAGCAGCAGCGCCAGCUCUGGGGGCCAGGACCCCCAGGACGGCAGGCCCCAGAGGGGCUCCAGGCUCCUGGGGAGGGAGGAGGAGGAGGAGAACGACGAUUUGGAUCUGGCCCAGGUACUGGCAAAUCUACUGCGCAGAGGUCAGAUUCGGUUGGUGCCAGGCGGAGGCGCAGCCAGUGUCCAGGUGGUCCAGACACUGUCCGAUUCAGACGAUGACAACGACAACGCCUGGGAGGGGCGGUUGGGAGACAGUUACAACCCCCCAGUGGACUCUGCGCCUGACACCCGGGACGUGGAAAGUAAUGAGAUCAAAACCCAGAUCCAGCUGGCAAAUGGGAUGCUGGGCUCCAGGCGAGCCAACCGCAGCAUCCCCCACCUCCUCCGCCAGAGAGAGUGGGGCUUGUGCCACAACAGCAGCUUUUCCCCGGGCGAGUGCUCCCGUGUGAUGUCCCAUUUCCUGCCCAACCAGCUGGCAUUCACCGACUCCUACUCCCAGAAGGUCUUCUGCGGUGUCUACUCCAGGGAUGGACAGCUCUUCAUGUCCGCCAGUCAAGACCAGAUGAUCCGCCUGUAUGACUGCCGCCACAGAUGCUUCCGGAAGUUCAAGAGCAUCCAGGCACGGGAUGUGGGCUGGAGCAUCCUGGACGUCACCUUCACCCCCGACGGAAGCCACUUCCUCUACUCCAGCUGGUCCGACUACAUUCACAUCUGUAACAUCUAUGGCGAUGGAGAUGUCCACACAGCACUGGAUCUGAGGCCGAACGAGCGCCGGUUCGCCGUCUUCUCCCUCACGGUCUCCUCCGAUGGGCGGGAGGUGAUUGGCGGGGCUAACGACGGGUGCAUCUACAUAUUCGACCGGGAGCAGAAUAAACGGACACUCAAGAUCGAGUCCCAUGAGGACGACGUGAACGCCGUGGCUUUCGCCGACGGCAGCUCCCACAUCCUCUUCUCGGGGGGCGACGAUGCCAUCUGCAAGGCGUGGGACCGGCGCACCAUGCGGGAGGACGACCCCAAGCCGGUGGGGAUGCUGGCUGGCCACCAGGACGGGAUCACCUUCAUCGACAGCAAGGGAGAUGCCCGCUAUUUGAUUUCCAACUCCAAGGACCAGACCAUCAAGCUGUGGGACAUCCGGAGGUUCUCGGGGCCUGAGGGGCUGGAGGCAUCACGCCAGGCUGUCACCCAGCAGAACUGGGAUUACCGCUGGCAGCAGGUGCCCAAGAAAGUCUGGCGCAAAACCAAGCUGCCGGGCGACAGCUCCCUGAUGACGUACCGGGGCCAUGGGGUGCUGCACACGCUGAUCCGCUGCCGCUUCUCGCCCCCGCACCGCACCGGCCAGCAGUACAUCUACAGCGGCUGCUCCACCGGCAAGGUGGUGGUGUAUGACCUCCUCAGUGGGCAGAUCGUCAAGAAACUGACCAAUCACAAGGCCUGCGUGCGUGAUGUCAGCUGGCACCCCUAUGAGGAGAAGAUUGUCAGCAGCUCGUGGGACGGCUGUCUACGCCUAUGGGAAUACCGCCAGGCUGAAUACUAUGAAGAUGAUCUCAGGGACCCCAAAAACCUCCCUCCAGCUGGGGAGCCUCCCGCAAGCUCCCUUGGCUUCUUGGAUAACUAGCCCUCAGUGCUUGGACUUGUGGAGACUGCAUUUGGGUUGCUCUGGGCCCUGCUUUGUGUCAUGAACACCCCAAAAAUCCUCUGCUCUGGCAGGGGGAGGCUUUCUCUGGCUCAGUACCCCAGGGGCCAGUUGGGGGGAGGAACUCAAACGGAAGAGUCAGUGUUUCCCCCACAGUCACUGGGGUUCAGGGACUUGGGACUCCCCCAGGGGACGUUUGCUGUGUAUUAUGGACUGAUGUGUAAUUUACCAGGUGGGGAAUGGGGCACGGGGCCUGUCCCCUCUAGGGGGCGCCGGCUCCCAUCGGGCCCCAAGGCAGGGACUGGCUGGCUGGGGGGGGGGGUAGAGAAUGGGGUACAGGCCGGAUGGGGCCUGCACCCUCUAGAGGGGCUUUGGGGGACCUCCAGCAGGAAUCUCUCUACCCCCCCCUAAAUUUGGGGGGGUGGCGGCCUCCAGCCAAGCUCCAUCUUCUUGAUGUGCUCUCCUAGCCCCCCAGGUCCCCCUCGGCCCGCUCAGAGAGGGGGUGUGGGCCGGAUGUGGGGUCCCCUGUUUGGCCUCCCCUGGGGUGAUCUUGGGGGGCCUUUCCCCACCCUGCCGGGACGGGGGGGUGAGCGGGGGGGCGGGCGCAGGGGGGGGCGGCCCGGGGGGGGCUGUGGGUUCUGUCUGUGCCACCUGCUGUCUGUCAAUAAACCUCUCGACAUUC